CAUAUCUCAUUGACCUUUGUUUAAAGUCUUCUGUCUUCCUUCCUCUCAAUUAUCACAACAAAACACAUGCAAUGAUUCUCCGGUUCAAGUUUCCGGCACCAACUCAACCGCUUUCGAAUAUCAUCAUCAUCUUUGUUAUUUGCAUAAUCGAGUUUUAUAUAUCGAAUGCUCAAACUGCUCCUCGAACAGAUCCUUCCGAAGUGAGGGCGUUAAACUCAAUAUUUCAAAAAUGGGACGUUCAAAUUCCAAGGAACCUAUGGAACAUAAGCGGAGAACCAUGUAGCGGAACAGCCCUCGGACCAGAUUUCGACGUGGCUUACAACAACCCAUCCAUCGAAUGCAACUGCACAUUCGACAACAACUCCACUUGCCAUAUUACUAAACUGAAAGUCACUCAACUUAACAGGCGAGGGGUUAUUCCUGAAGAACUUGCUGCUCUAACUUAUCUAGCCGUAUUGAAAAUUGAUCAGAAUGCAUUCACCGGUACCUUGCCUCCGUUCCUCGGAAAUUUUUCGGAUAUGGUGAUCUUGUCACUUGCCCACAAUCGAUUUUUUGGUACAAUACCAAAGGAGCUCGGAAACCUUAAAGAACUAGCAAUGUUGGCUGUGAGUUCCAAUAAUUUUUCAGGCACUCUUCCUCCAGAACUCGGAAAUCUAGUCAAGAUGCAACAAAUUUACCUCGACAGUUCUGGUGUUGGUGGCGAGAUUCCCUCAACAUUCGCCAACCUCAUAGAUAUGCGUGUCAUGUGGGCUUCAGACAGCCCAUUUUCCGGAAAGAUACCUUCGUUUAUAGGCAACUGGACAAAAUUAGAGAGGCUGAGACUUCAAGGGAAUAAUUUCGAAGGUCCUAUACCAGCUAGUUUUUCAAAUUUAACGUCGUUGACUUCUUUGCGAAUAAGUGAUUUGCAGAAUGUGAGUUCAUCUCUUGAUUUUGUCGGCAACUUAAAGAAUCUAACUGACUUAGUUAUAAGAAACGCAUUAGUUUCUGGUCCUAUUCCGACUGACAUUAAUCAAUUGCAAAAGCUAGAAACAUUGGAUUUAAGCUUCAAUAAUUUAAAUGGUUCGCUUCCACCAACAUUAAUGAAUAUGAGUUCCCUAGUUUCUUUGUUCCUAGGAAACAACAGCCUGUCCGGUUCCCUUCUUCCCGACAAAAGUACGAAUCUUCAGAACAUAGAUUUGUCUUACAAUCAUCUGUCGGGAUCUUUUCCUCGAUGGGUGAUUCCAACAUGGUCAAUGGCUAAUCUGCAAUUGAAUUUGGUGGCUAAUAACUUUAAAUUUGACAGCACAAACGUAAGUAUUUUCCCAGGAUUAAACUGUCUUCAGCGAGGCUUUCCUUGCAACAGGAACACAACACCUUAUACCAGCUUUGCGAUCAAGUGUGGUGGCUCAGAAAUAAGAUCCCUCAACAACGUAUUAUUCGAUACGGAGAACAAAACAACUCUUGGACCGGCUUCCUACGAUUUGUUUCAAGAAAAAUGGGCAGUUAGCAAUGGUGGCAUUGUCAUUGACCGAGAUGACCCGUCAUUUAUAGUUUCCACAUCGAUCCAAGUCGAUAACACAAGAUAUCCAGAACUUUACAGAACUUCUAGAAAGUCUCCAGGAUCUCUUAGAUACUAUGGUUUGGGGCUGGAAAACGGGCCAUAUACUAUAACCCUUUUCUUUGCAGAGACCGUUUUUAACCGAACCCCUAACACCUGGCAGGGUCACGGGAGGCGUCUCUUUGAUAUUUACAUCCAGGGAAAUCGUAGACAGAAGGAUUUUGACAUAUCAAAGGAGGCAGGUGGUAUUGCAAGAGCUCUUGAAAAGAAGUUUGAUGUUAUUGUGACACAAAGUUAUCUCGAAAUUCAUCUGUUUUGGGCCGGGAAGGGGACAUGUUGCAUACCCGAACAAGGAGAUUACGGGCCGUUAAUUUCUGCCAUAAGAGUUUCUCCUGAUUUCAAAGUCAAGAGCAAGUCAAACAAAACUGGAAUGAUCGUCGGUAUUGUAGCUGCCGUGACAUCCGUCAUUCUUCUGCUCUUUAUUUUUGGUGUGUACAUGAAAAGGAAAAGGUCAAAAAAUGCAGAAGAAGAUGUAGAGAUUCUUGGAAUGGGGCCGAAAGUAAAAACUUAUACCUAUGCGGAACUGAGAACCGCAACUGCCGAUUUCAGUAGUUCAAAUUUGUUAGGAGAGGGCGGCUUUGGACCUGUUUACAAGGGGAUGCUGAACGAUGGAAGGGUGGUAGCAGUGAAGCGACUGUCGGUAGCAUCACACCAUGGAAGGAGUCAGUUUAUAACCGAAAUUUCAACCAUUUCAGCGGUCCAACAUUGGAACCUUGUGAAGUUGCAUGGUUCUUGUAUCGAAGGAUCUAAAAGACUUCUGGUUUACGAGUAUCUUGAAAACAAAAGUCUUGAUCAAGCACUCUUUGGGAAAACCAAAGUGCACCUUGACUGGUCAACUCGCUUUAAUAUAUGUUUGGGCACGGCAAAGGGACUGGCGUACCUUCAUGAGGAAUCAAGGCCUAGAAUCGUGCAUCGCGAUGUAAAAUCGAGUAAUAUAUUGCUUGAUGGAGAGUUAUGCCCCAAAAUAUCAGACUUUGGAUUAGCAAAAUUAUACGAUGAUAAGCGAACCCACAUGAGUACCCGUGUUGCUGGAACUAUCGGCUAUCUUGCACCAGAGUAUGCAAUGCGCGGGCAUUUAACAUCGAAGGCUGAUGUUUUUGGAUUUGGAGUUGUUUGUCUGGAGAUUCUUAGCGGGAGGCCCAACUAUGACGAGAAAGUGGAUCCUGAACAGAAGUACCUGCUACACUGGGCAUGGAGUCUAUACGAAAGCAACCGUCAUUUGGACCUCAUAGAUCCAUCUUUGUCAUCUUUUGAUGAACAACAAGCUACUCGUAUGCUAGGGGUAGCACUUUUAUGCGUUCAAGCAUCGCCAACGUCAAGACCAGCAAUGUCGCGUGUGAUUGCCAUGCUAUCCGGCGACGUUGAAGUAACUCCGGUCACAACAAAACCAAGUUACUUGACGGAUUGGGAUUUUAAUGAUAUCACCAACACGUUCGAUGAUGAAGAACCUAUUUCUUCUGAAAAUACAACCAUGACGACUGCAACUACGACGACAACUACCAACACAACAACCUCAACUGAAAAUACACCCACAAUGUUGUCGGAGGUUAUGAACAAUGGGAAUCUUAGAGAAGGAAGGUGACACACCAUUGUUGAUUAUUGUCAUACGGUCACAUUUAAAAAAAAUCUGAAUUUUAUUUGUUUACCUUUUUUAUUUCUGAAUUUUAUUUGUUUACCAGAUCGUUUUUUUUUUUUUUUUUUUUUUAUGCACAUUAUUAAGGUCACAUUUUUGCCUCUGUAAUGGUUUUAUUUCAUGUAAAGAAAUUAAAGUAGCAGAUUUUACUCAA